UACAUCCCUGACGUCUACUGUACAUACACAUGAAUCAACACGAAUGACAGGACCAUGGAUGAGGCUAGGAAAGCAAUGUUAACAGUGCAAAACUUUUCCCAGUUUAUUGUAACUUUUCAUUAAUAUUUGCAGUUUUAAUUAAUCUCGUUUAAAGAUCUGAAAAUGCUACCGUAAAUGAAGCUUUAAUUGAUGUCAGUGUUCUUUUCCAUUGGUUUUAAUUUUCGAAUCAUAUUUGAUUAUGGCUGAUUUUGAUGCUAUUUACGAAGAAGAGGAGGAAGUAAAUGAGCAAAAUCUUGAAGAGCACUACAAUAUUAUGAUACCGGAUCCCAUUGUUGUUCGAGGUGGAGGAAAUAUGACAGUGUUUGGCCUCAGCAAUCGAUUUGAGGCAGAAUUUCCAAAUGGGUUGGUAUCACGUGUCGCGCCUGAAGAGUUUAAAGCAACAGUGAUGAGAGUAAAUAAUGUCCUCAAAAAGACUCUUCCUGUUAAUGUCAAGUGGCUAUUUUGUGGUUGCGUUUGUUGCUGCUGUACUUUAGGAUGUUCUUUAUGGCCUGUCAUAUGUCUUAGUAAAAGGACUCAGCAUUCUAUUAAUAAAUUGCUGGAAUGGGAGAAUAGCAGACUUUAUCACAAAUUAGGUUUACAUUGGAGAUUAUCAAAGCAAAGGUGCGAUAGCUCUUCUAUGAUGGAAUAUGUUCUUCUAAUAGAAUUUAUUCCUAAAAUUCCUCUUUAUAGACCGGACUAAGAAACGCAACUCUGGAAUUAUUUGAGCUUUAAGUUUAAGUUUUAUUACGCUAGUGAUCAUCUCAACGUAAUGUUAAAAUUUGUAACAUACAAUGUGUCUUGUUUGUAAAUAUUAUGUAUAAAAUUAUGUAGAAUAAUGAUGUAGAAAUGUAAUUUAUAUGCAGUGUA